AUGCAUAAGGAAUAUCCUGCAUCGUAUUCUCCCGUCGACGAUCGUGACGAUACGAAGCUUCUUGGUAGCAAUACAGAAACAAGACCUCUUCUCAAACCUCGUCUCAUUCGCUCGUCGCAAUGGAUCAGCCACGGUGUGCUAAUGUCCAUAACGAUGAUAUUCUUCAUAUUGUGGAUACGAGCGCCGUCCAUCGAUGAUGUGGUUAUGUACUCUCCAGCAAACGAGGCGAUCGAAUCCAUCGGCAUAGUAAGAUUAAAUGGAACUCUGGGCACCCCUUCUAUAUAUACUGGCAGCCCGUCUCCAGAACUCGACGCCAUCUGGGACAGGCUAACUUGGGAUGCGCGUACAGUUCGUCUGACCGCCGAGCAACUGCUCAGAAUAGGCGAAAAACCUUCUCCAGUCAUGGUCAGGUAUCCGGAGGAAUACGGCGGAGGUUACAUGGUAGCUGUUGAAUUCAUUCACCAGCUCCAUUGCACAGACAUGCUUCGCAGAGUCAGCUGGGGUGAUCGAUCCCCGGGUCAUGGCGUUUACGAACCCCCCGAAGAGUUUCGCGUGCAUCUCGACCACUGCAUCGAACUGCUCCGGCAAGUCAUUAUGUGUCGCGGCGAGGUGACAAUGAUCACUUAUGACUGGGUGGAGGGAGUCAAAGAUCCUUUCCCCAACUUCAACAUUCCUCACCGAUGCAGAAACUUCGAGAAGGCCUGGGAUUGGGUUGUCGAGCAUCAAGUUCCUAUCUCUAAAUCCGAGUUGGUCCGUUUGGAGGAUAACGAGGAUCUGCCUUCCUUUCCUUGA